UUACUUUUUACAUUUAUUCAAAUUUUAUUUAUUAGGUAUAUUUUUGUUUUAGAACACAUUAAGGCUUAUUUGCAACUUGUAUACUGCUGUAAUGUUUGGCUGCUAUCAAGUUCAGUUUAUUCGUGCAACCGAUAAGCGAUUAUCAUUGCAGUGUUUACGAAAGCGAUCGUCGACCUCGUCGAAAUUGCAACGUUUGAUAACAAACUAUUUAUGUGGACAUUCCUGAUGAAAAGCCUUAUCGUGUUGUGAUUUCGAUAAGAUCAUAAGAAUCUACGAGACUUCUGCUGACUUAUAUACUGAAGACACCGUGAUCUGCCAUAACAUCUGCAUUCACAAUUUGGCAUUUUGAUACCUGAAGUUUUACGUCCGUCUGACUGCAAAAAUGCGCGUUGCUUGUGCGUGUUUACUGCUUGUGACUGUUGUGGAUCUUGUCAGCUGCAAGAAGGCAAAAUCCCCGCCUGUAACCCGCUACGACCCGACAUGGGACUCCAUUGAUUCCAGGCCGUUGCCGGAUUGGUACGAUGAGAGCAAGCUGGGCAUUUUCAUCCACUGGGGAGUGUUCAGCGUCAUCGGAUACCAGAGCGAAUGGGUAUGGUGGGACUGGAAAGGUGCAAAGGAUCCAAAUACGGUGGCGUUCUUUGAUAAAAACUAUCCACCGGAUAUCACAUAUGCGGAUUUUGGUCAACAAUUUCACGCCACGUUUUUUAAUCCUUUACAAUGGUCUGCCAUCUUCGCUAACUCCGGAGCCAAAUACAUCGUGUUGACCAGCAAACAUCAUGAAGGUUAUACGAAUUGGCCGUCGAACUACUCCUGGAAUUGGAAUUCCAUGGAUGUGGGUCCGCAUCGGGAUCUCGUGGGCGAUCUGGCCAAGGCAAUCCGCAACAGCACCGAUCUCCAUUUCGGCUUGUAUCACUCGCUGUUUGAAUGGUUCCAUCCCCUUUAUCUUGAAGACAAGGCUAACAACUGGACGACUAGGUCUUUUCCAACUAAAAAGUCGCUUCCGGAACUGUAUGAGAUUGUCAACACUUACCAGCCGGAUGUCAUCUGGAGUGACGGCGACUGGGAAGCGCCGGAUACAUACUGGAACAGCACGGGGUUUAUUGCGUGGCUUUAUAAUGACUCACCCGUAAAGGACACUGUGGUUACAAAUGAUCGCUGGGGUUCCGGCAUCACUUGCCACCAUGGUGGCUUCCUGACCUGCAGCGAUAAGUAUAAUCCAGGAACACUUCAGCCGCGGAAAUGGGAAAACUGUAUGACGUUGGAUUUCCGCAGUUGGGGUUAUAGGCGCGACUUAACGGCCUGGGAUGUUAUUCCCAUUGAAACGCUGAUCGCCACUCUGACGGCCACCGUUAGUUGUGGUGGGAAUCUGCUUGUCAACGUGGGCCCAACGGGCGAUGGCACAAUCCCUCCGAUUUUCCAAGAGCGCUUGCUGCAGCUGGGAUCCUGGAUGCAGGUUAACGGCGAAGCCAUAUACAACACGAAGCCGUGGAGUCACCAAAAUGAUACACUGAAUCCUAAUGUCUGGUAUACCAGUAAAGCUACUGGCGAUGGUGUGGAUGUUUAUGCCGCCGUCUUGAAGUGGGACGGGAAUGUGACGCUAAGUCUGGGAGCUCCCAAACCCUCCCAGAACACGAUCAUCACCAUGCUGGGCACCGAUACACCCUUGAAGUGGACGGUGUCCAAUCAGGUGGUGGUGAUCCGUCUGCCGGCGCUGCAGAGUCUCCCGACGCCACAAGAAUGGGGCUACGUUCUGAAACUCACUCAACUGACCAACAAGCGCCGCUCCAAGCGGAUCAUGCCACUGCCGGCGCGCUUCCUUAAAUACAGCAAAAUUCGAUAUGUGCACUGAAUAAUUCCAUGACAUAAUGUGAUAAUUCGCUUUUUGAUAUUGCUGUUGAUUUUUAUUGUUUUCUCUGUUGUUUUUUUAAUAGAAAUUCUGGUCGUUUGCGCUUUAUGUGAUGACGAUUAAUUUCCAGAAAGUUUUGUAUGAUAUGUGGUUAUCGGAAAAGCAUAUAUUAUAACAACUCAAUAGCCGCUCUAAAAUU